AUGAACGAAAGUUAAAUGAACCCAGAGGACUAUUAUCGUCUUGAGGGCGUGAUCGGUGAAGGAUCUUACGGACAAGUUUAUAAGGCUACUCAAUUAGAGAGUGGAAAGGUUGUUGCAAUAAAAAUAGUUCCAACAACAGGGGAAUUAGAAUCAUUGAAAAGGGAAAUUCAAAUACUUCGAGAUUGUAGAAGUGAUAACAUAGUUAAAUACUUUGGAUCAUAUCAUUCGAAUGGAUAAUUGUGGUUGGUGAUGGAAUAUUGUGCAGGAGGGAGUGUCAUCGAUUUAGUUAAGGCUAUGAGUUUCAAUGGUUCUUCUUUGCCUGAAGAGUUGAUAGCCACUAUUCUAUAUCAAACACUUAAAGGUACAGUAAAUGUCUACGUAAAUAUAGGAAUUGAUUACAUGCACAAUCAUAAGAAGAUCCAUAGAGAUAUAAAAUGUGGAAACAUCCUGAUCGAUCAUGUUGGCAAUAUCAAAUUGGCUGAUUUCGGAGUCUCAACUUAAUUAGUGCACACAAUGGCUGACACAGACACAGUUAUUGGCAGUCCUUUUUGGAUGUCUCCAGAGAUCCUCUUAAAGUCUCGUUAUAAUAAGAAAACCGACAUCUGGUCAUUAGGUAUCACUGCCAUCGAAAUGGCCGAAGGUGAACCACCCUAUGCUCAUAUUCAUCCAAUUAGGGCCAUGUUUGCAAUUAAGAACAACCCACCAAACUCAUUGACUGAUCAAACCCGAUGGUCUAAAGAAUUCAAUGCAUUUGUUAAGAAGUGUCUGAUCUUGGACCCAAAAGAGAGACCAUCCACUAAGGAAUUGUUACAAGAUCCAUUCUUCUAAAGAUUCUGCAAAAGUAGGGAGUAUGUCCAAUAGUUUAUGAUAAAAAAUUAGAGAGUGAUAGAAAACUACAAAAGAUAGAAAUAGAAUAAACAACAUGAAUAACAUUUUGAGUAAUCUUAAGAACAAGGCAUAGUCUAAUUAGAUACCCUUGUUGAGUGUGAAGAGGAGGAGGAUUUGGGAACCAUGAUUGUCAAUGAUAUUGAUGCUAUCCCUAUGAAUGAAACUGGAACUAUGUUAGAACAUCAAUAUCAAGAUGUUGAAGUUUAUGAGAAGGCCAUGAAUAGAGUGGUAUCCCUAUAAACUUAUUUUAUAGUCCGAAUAUGGCUUAUAGAGUCUUAAUCAAAUGAGAACGCCUGUCACUGAAUCGCCCCUUAGAAAAUAAAAGUAAAUAGAGGACAAAAUUUAACAAUUAACUGAUGAAAUGAACAACGAAAUCAAAAAAAUUAAAUAAAAGUAUGGUGAUCAAAUACAAUCAUUGCAAAAACUCUUACAACAAGUUUCAGUGCAAAAACAUGAAUCUCAUAAAUCUGUUCAUGAAUAGAAGCUGAUUCCACAAUCAACCAAUUACUACAAAUAACUAGAUUUUAAACACAAAACUUCUGCACCCUCCACUCCUGUUUAAAUGUAAAUGAAGUAGAAAUCCCAACAAGAAAACAUCAAUUUGGAAAAUCAAUUGAAACCUACUAAAUUUUAAUAAACUAAUUUACAGUAUUGUUUUUCAAUUUAUUUACUAGAAAACUUCAAUUAUAAAUUUAGAACAGACUACAUGAUGCUCCUAAACCAGACAAUAAUUCCAAAAUACUUAAACAAUUAAUUAACAGAAAGAAUUGA